GAUGUAGGGCUGGGGUCCUUUUCAGCAGUGGAAGAUGCGCAGCGAGUCGGGGUUAUGUGCUUUCUCUGAUUUAUCCUGCGCUUCCAGUGUUCCUGUCGCUGAGACACCGUGCUGCUAAGAGACAUGAUGGGGGGAAAGACAAGUGCGAUCGCCGCCGGGGUCUGUGGGGCCAUCUUCAUCGGCUACUGCAUCUACUUCGACAGGAAAAGACGGAAUGACCCCAACUUCAAGAACCGACUGCGGGAACGUAGGAGAAAGCAGAAACUUGCUAAGGACAAAGCUGGUUUUUCCAGGUUGCCAGAUCUGAAAGAUGCUGAAGCAGUUCAGAAAUUCUUCCUUGAAGAAAUUCAACUGGGAGAGGAAUUAUUAGCACAAGGAGACUAUGAGAAGGGGGUAGAUCACUUGACGAACGCCAUUGCUGUUUGCGGACAGCCUCAACAGUUAUUACAGGUCCUACAGCAGACGCUUCCCCCACCAGUAUUCCAGAUGCUGCUAACCAAACUCCCAACCAUCAGUCAGCGUAUUGUGAGCGCACAGAGCCUAGCUGAAGAUGACAUCGAGUAAGAGAUGACAAGCCGGGGUGCAAACUGCAAAGAAGCGGUCCUUCAAUAUCUCGCCCAACUCCACAGCAGGAGCCUCCAGGAGAAAACUAAAACUCAACGGGCAGCUUUGGCUCCGGGAGAAGUAGAUUGAUUCUUCUGUAACCCUCAUUCAGAUGUAUUUGGUUUCACUUGUAUGUAUUUUUCCCUGACCUGAUGUUUUUAUACUUUCCAUCAGAUUGAGUAAAUAUUUGUCCCUGUCUUAAACCAUGUAAUUUGUUUUUAGGCAAUCUACAGUCAUACUGUAGCCCAGAACGGUCAUAUGUAAUAUUGUACAUAAGACUUGUAAUGUAGAAUUUACCAUGAAUUCAAAACCCCUGUUUUUUUUAGUCUUGUUUGCUUUUGGCAUGAAACACAAAUAUGGAAAUACCCAUGGAAACCCAGUUUUUAUUUGCAUACAAAUGUUAAUGAUAAAGAAUGUUAUUGAAAUACAUAUUGUAUUGCUACUUGACAGUUGUCAUAACAGUUUCUGUAGACAAUUUCAGGCAUGUGGUUCUAGAAAUGGGCUAUUUCAUAGGGGAACUAUUGACAGUUUCACAAAUUCUGGAAGUGUGAAGUGAAUUAUUGCUUCUGUUAUGUAAAGUGGUCACUUUGUGAAUAAACGAUGCACGUUACUGGUGA